AUGAAUGCCACUCACCACCACAGAAUGCACACUUCUCUCCACUUCCGGAACCUCAGCACCUACAGGCUGCACAGCAGCAACGCCAGCGAGCCUCUGGGAAAGGGCUACUCGGAUGGAGGCUGCUACGAGCAACUUUUCGUCUCCCCUGAGGUGUUUGUGACGCUGGGUGUCAUCAGCUUGUUGGAGAAUAUCCUGGUGAUCGUGGCAAUAGCCAAGAACAAGAACCUGCAUUCCCCCAUGUACUUUUUCAUCUGCAGCCUGGCCGUGGCCGACAUGCUGGUGAGCGUCUCCAACGGAUCGGAAACCAUCGUCAUCACCCUGCUGAACAGCACGGACACAGACGCGCAGAGCUUCACCGUGAACAUCGACAACGUCAUCGACUCGGUCAUCUGUAGCUCCCUGCUCGCGUCCAUCUGCAGCCUGCUCGCCAUCGCAGUGGACAGGUACUUUACUAUCUUUUAUGCUCUCCAGUACCAUAACAUCAUGACGGUGAGGCGGGUUGGGGUCACCCUGAGCUGCAUCUGGGCAGCCUGCACGGUGGCGGGCGUCCUAUUCAUCAUUUACUCAGACAGCAGCGUGGUCAUCAUCUGCCUCAUCAGCGUGUUCCUCACCAUGCUGGCCCUCAUGGCCUCCCUCUAUGUCCACAUGUUCCUCAUGGCCAGGCUUCACAUGAAGAGGAUCGCCGUCCUCCCGGGCACGGGCGCCAUCCGCCAAGGUGCCAACAUGAAGGGGGCGAUCACCUUAACCAUCCUGAUCGGGGUUUUUGUGGUCUGCUGGGCGCCCUUCUUCCUCCACUUGAUAUUCUACAUCUCCUGUCCCCAGAACCCAUACUGUGUGUGCUUCAUGUCUCACUUUAACUUGUACCUCAUCCUGAUCAUGUGUAACUCCAUCAUUGACCCUCUCAUUUAUGCACUCCGGAGCCAAGAGCUGAGGAAAACCUUCAGAGAGAUCAUCUGCUGCUACCCUCUGGGAAGUCUUUGUGACUUGUCCAGCAGAUAUUAA